UCAAAGUCCGAUUAACUCCUAAUAUUUUUGGACUAGACCAUAUUUUUAUCUCAAUUUUUUAGACCAGUCCAUGUUUUAAUUCACUAGUCCAUCCUUUAAUACCCAGUCUAAAAAUUGACCCAGUCCACAAAUGGACCGGGUCCGAUCCAUUUUUCCCUUCAUUUUUCUUUACCUCUACACGCCGCACACCACCCCCAUCCCUGUUCUCUCUCUCCCUCUCUCUCUCUCUCUUUCCCUCUUCUCUUCUCUGUCAUCGCUCAUCUUCCCCACCUUCCCUUGUCUCCCCACGCCACUACCCUUCCAUUCCUCCUUGUCCCCCACGCGUCUGUCACCCCAUUCCCUUUUUGUUCCCCGCUCUUCUCUCUCUUCCGCUCCUCCUUCUCUCUUUCGUCAACACAAAGCAAAACCCUAUAAAUAGUGGCGGAUUGAAUCGUUUGAGGGGUUUUUUUUUGGAAAAAGGCUGGAAUCGCAAAAAAAUCCCUUACAAAACCAGAGCUUGAAUCGCAAAAUCCCCCCUGAAAUUAAGUUCUGAAACGUUUUUUUUAGUCAUGAAAUUCCCCAAGAACCAGGGUUGAAAUCACAGAAAUCCCCAUAGAAAAUACUAGUUCUUAGCAGUAUCGUCUGAUCUUGAGUCAAAAUCCACACCAUUUUUCUCUUCUGUUUUACCCUUGGCAUCUGUUGGAUUCAAGGGUAUAUAAAUUCGGGAUUCGUAGCGUUUCGAAGUAGAUUUGAAGUGUUCUAGGCUAUAUCGAAACCCGCGCCCACUUCGCUGCGCCCGAAGAAGUUAUAUUCAGCGGGAAAUAAGAAUAGAGAUGAAUAAAGUUCCCCAUGCAAAAUUGCAACGAACAAGCACAAGACUAACACUCAAACACAAGAGGACGCAUGACUGUGGACUGCUUAAGUUUAGUUAGGAAGCAUUAGAGUUGAGAGACUAUAGAAGUUUAUAAUUUUUCCCCUGCAUUUCACAUGCCAGGAAGAAAUGUGUAACAAGAUUUCGCCGCAAAAGUGCAAAAUUUUGUUUUGAAGGCACAAAAUGCAUGAUUCCCAGCCAUUAAUGUUAUUUGAUUAACAGAAUCACCCAACAUCAAAGCUCUUUUUGAAUUGGGAACAUCUGAGCAUGGGAAGCACUUAUUCUUGGCAGAUCUCUAACUAUGCAAAGAAGGCCUCAGCCCAAGCGUGUGAAAUAGUAAAAGUAGUGGCAUCUCUUGGCAAAAGGGUGAAAAGAAGGAUGAGAAUUCAAAUUGCAGAUAGUUAUUAUCUGUGUGCCUUUGGUAGCCUUUUGGCAUCCACCUAAGUAUGUUGCUAACAAUGGAAUAUAAUACUCCAACAUGUAAUCAACUGAAAAAGCUAUUUUGGGAAGUCAAAAUGCAUUGUAUACAGGGAAAGUUCUUGGAUUAUAUAUGGGAGUCCUUUUCUAGGUCCAUGAUUACUAAAAAGUACUUAUCAACUAGCAUUCAAAGUGUCUAAAGUAACUUUCAAAGUUAGUAAGGACGAAAAUAUUCAGAUGGUGACUAAUUGAGUAUCAACACUACUAAAGCCAAACCUUUUUAGUCUAAUUGAUAAUUUGCAGAUUAAUGUAAGAGCCUAACCAAGUGAAGGGGGACAACCAAAACUGUAGAAAUUUCACAAGAUCAUGUCAGUUCCUAGAUCAUGAAAAGAUAAACUCGAAGGAAGGAACGAAUACACACGCCCACACACACACACUAAGAUAUAUGUCUUCAUAGCUUCUGGUUCUGAAUAUUCAUGAACAAGGGUUGUUGGUUUAGUAGCUAUAAGAAAAUCAUUGGCACAACCGAGAGGAACAACCACCCUUAGAAGAAAAUCCCUUCACUCGGUUAUCCUCAGGGGAACACAUUGCUAACUAAAUACUGAUUUCAUCCAAAAAAAAAAUACUUUCAAUCCUAUAAAGACAUCAUAAGGAUUCAUGGCGUAAUAGUAGCACGUUUGAAAUUCCUGAGAAGAAAAAGUGUUUUGGCAUGAAUCAAGUGCGAAAGAUCUAGGUCAAGUCUUAGGAUUGUCUUUACAUAUGUCUCCUUUUAUGUGUUUUGGUUUAUUGUCUCAUCAAUGUACUCGCUUUUGUUAUUUCAAUGAGACUUGGCCUUUUAUUUCCCAACUCAAGUGUCUCAAUUAAAUGGCUUGGAUCAUUCUAUCAUAAUCUCGGAUAUUUGGCGUUAGGCCUACCUCUGGCAUAAAAAGGUCCCUGCAUAUUAGGACGUGUUUUGCUUGCUUACUUGCUAAGUGAUUUACUGGAAUUUAUCUGUAAUAUGCUCGCUCUUGAAUUUAUUUGCGAUUAUUUGAUGCUAAGAGAAUUAUUUGAAUUUAUUUUCUACUUGUUUAGUUUUAAUUCUUUAGAGGUUGCCUAGCAUUGAACAUUGCGUUGGCUGCGAAUCUGCAUUAAGGACAAAAUACAAUGGCAAAAAGAUUUGAAUCAUUCAACAUCGGUGUGGGAUUGGUGCAAGCGCAAAAUGAGGAUAGCGAGAAGAAUGUGGUACCAAGAAGCGUGUUGGUCAAUUUGGGAAAUACCUUCAGCCUUCUUCCUAACACAAGUUCAACUUCCAGCUCAACCCAAAACAUUUCCUUCACUAUUUCUCCUCACCCAGCUCCUACAUAUAUACCACCAAGAUUCUCUAUUGAACCAGAAACUUUGCAAGUCACGCGGAUGCCUAAUGUUCAAAAGCCUGCAUUCGCAGCACCCUUCACAGAAAACCAGCAGAAUCAGCUAGCGACAUGCCCAUACAAGAGAUUGAGAAAUGAAACAAAUGCAAUUAAUUGGGAUGACUCGGAUAGAGAGCUUCACAAUUUAAGGAUAAUUGUCGAAGAAGAGAUACGGGCAAGAAAUGUCCAAAGUUUAAGAUAUGAAAGCUUGUGCAUGCUUCCAAAUGUUGAGUUGCCGCCAGGAUUCAAAGUGCCAAAAUUCAACACCUUCAAUGGCAGAGGAAAUCCUAUUACGCACUUGAAGGACUAUUGUAGCAGAUUAAUGGGAAUUGGACACGAUGAAGCCAUACGAAUGAAAUUGUUCAUUCAGAGCCUAUCAGGGUUAGCAUUAGAUUGGUACACAGAACAAGACUUUCGCAAAUGGUACACAUGGGAGGACAUGGCCCGCGACUUUGUAGAACAUUUCAAAUUUAACAUCGGGGUUAGUCUGAACCUUUAUGAUAUGCUUGAGAUAGAAAGAAUGCCACAUGAGUCUUUCCAGGAAUAUGCCAUCCGAUGGAGAUUGGAAGCUUCAAAGAUACGCCCCCAUUGCCCGAGAAUGAGUUGAUUUCAACUUUCAUCCACAUACAAAAAGGCAUAUAUUAUGAAAAGUUGUUAUGUGCGCGGUUACGUGACUUUUCUGAUCUAAUUCAAAUUGGAAAGCAAGUAGAAGCGGGCAUUCGAGCAGGAAGAAUUGUUGACACUUCAUCAGUACAAGCAACUUUUCAAGUUGAGACAUUCAACAACUUGCAAGGCAAAAAGAGAGAAACCGACUCAGCUGUCAGGUCUACAUAUCAGCCGCAAUCACGACAGAACUAUCAAGUUUCACGUGAUCAUAUAUCUCUUCAUCAACGAGGCUUUCAAUAUCAACCCGAUCAAGCACAGUCUAGCUUACGACAGUCAGAGCACGUAAAAUUCCGCAUUUUUACUCCUCUUGAAGAGUCAUUAACCAGCAUAUUUGCGAGAGUGAAAGCUAAGGGACUCCUGAAGCCAAAGAAAGGAUGGAUCCCUAAAAGCCUACCGCCAGAUUUCGAUUGGUCCAAGAGUUGUGCUUACCACUCUAAUAUUCCAGGUCAUUACACAGAAAAUUGCCCGGCACUUAAGCAUAAGAUCCAGAACAUGAUCGAAAAGGAUAAGAUAAGUGUGCAACAAAAUAAAUUGUGCGACAACGAUGGCCCUCCAGUUGUAAAUGCAAUUAUUUUUACCGGUGAUCCAUCAAAAUUAGCACCGAGACAUUUGAAAAGGAACCGUGGAACUAAGUAAGAUGAUUGAAAGGAUCUACUGUCACUAGCAUUCUCCACCCACUUGCCUCAUGAUCAACUUUCCUUCUUGUAAUUUUUGCUAAAGCUUUGUAUUAUGAACUACGUUCGACCAGAUUCCUGUUGGUAGCGGGAUACGUAGGCGCCUAUGGUGGGUUCGGUCUUAAUAUAGUGAAAAUUUCAUUUUCCUACGAAGCAACACUGGGGCAGCUUUGCAAAUGGCCUAUCAUUAUUCGACAAAAGCAUGAAUCGAAAUCUCGAGCAAUAUAUUAGCGUCACCAGAUUGUUGCAAUGCCAUCACCACGAGAAAUGCAGAUUCAACGCCAAAGCUUUGGUGUUCAAUGCAAGGCAACCAUGUUAUUUUACACUAACGAAUUUUCUUUGAGUAACGCAGGGGCAUAUUUUAGCUAUUUCUUAAGGAUAUCGCACAGUAUCAAGACGGCCAUUACAAGAUUCGGAUAAAGCAAAGGGCAAAGCCAACUUAAUAUUAAUUAAAUUUGAAACUCACAAACUUCUUUGAGUGCAAGAACUUUUGGCAGGGUAGAAGGUCCCCAAGUCUUCAGCAUUGCAUCAUGAAUAUUUGUUGCUGUAAAUUACGCAUUGCGUCAAAACUCGUCUCACCGCAUAUAAAUCAAGCAUCGCAAAAGCUUUUCGCUCCGCACUAAUUUUUAGUAAUCAUAAAUCAAGCACUGCAUUUAGGCUCGUCCGCCUUUAAUUGGACAUUUUAGGCUUGUUCGCCUUUAAUUGCACAUUUUAGGCUAGUCCGCCUUUAAUAGGACAGUUUAGGCUAGUCCGCCUUUAAUAGGACAUUUUAGGCUGAGCACCGCCUUUUAUAUGUUGCGUGGGCUGUGCACCGCCCCUUUGAAAUUUUAGCAUAAGACCGAGCACCGUCUUCUAUCUCAAUUUUAUUCUGCUUUGUAAUUUAAACUACGCUUGACCUGAUUCCCUUAGUGGGAUACAUAGGCAGCCUAUGUCAGGCUCGGUCUCUUCAUUCGCAAAAGCAACAUCCUCAUAUACCAGAAACUGGGACAAAUUUUAAGAGCAUCACCGCAAAAGCUCAAUAUCCUCCUAUACCAGAAACUGGGACAAUUGUUAAGGGCAUCAUCGCAAGCGACAUCGAGAAACAUGAAAGAGAAUAUGGCCAACAGAGUUAUCAGGCAAAAAGAAGACUUGGGAGAAAGGACGCUCGCUUUGUUUCACGGUUCCCAAGUCGCAGAAGCCAAAAUAUAUAAUGUUCACAACCUUGCAAGGAUUGCACGUCGAACGGUUUGAUCUUUAUUAUAACAAUUAUGCCUCUCGAGUAUCAAUAAUUUGCGAGAUUCGCAACAAAUUAAUGCUUGAGUCUUGCAAAUGAUUUUUCAAACGUGUCGACGCACAAAUAUUAUUGCUUUCAAAUGCUCUCAAAUGCACUGCGCAUGCACUACUAUUUUAAAUACCACGCACUGCUGCUUUAAAUUCCCCGCACUGCAUGCACUACUAUUUUAAAUGCCACGCACUGCAUACACACUACUGUUUUCAAAUGCCCCACACUGCAAAAGCAACCGCACCUGCAUUACAUUAUUACUUUCAAAUGCCCUGCAAAGACACAUCAUCAUUGUUCGCAAAAGCACCGCAUUUAGGCUCGUCCGCCUUUAGUAGGACAUUUUAGGCUCGUCCGCCUUUAAUAGGACAUUUAGGCUCGUCCGCCUUUAAUAGGACAUUUAGGCCCGUCCGCCGUUAAUAGGACAUUUUAGGCUCGUCCGCCUUUAAUAGGACAUUUUAGGCUCGUCCGCCUUUAAUAGGACAUUUUAGGCUCGUCCGCCUUUCAUAUGAUGCAUGGGCUGCGCACCGCCCUUUGCAUCGCUUUCAUAUAUUGCCUGGGCCAUGCACCGCCCUUUUAAAUUUCUGCAUAAGGCUGUGCACCGCCUUUCAUAUGAUGCAUGGGCUGCGCACCGCCCUUUGCAUCGCUUUCAUAUAUUGUCUGGGCCAUGCACCGCCCUUUUUAAAUGUCUGCAUAAGGUUGUGCACCGCCUU